CCGGAUCUAGGUUUAUUCUACGACAUUCGUCAUAGGCAGAUGCGAGGAGGAUGAAUAUUCUAACAUCCCUCCUUGCUACAAAGUCAUCUGCUGAAUUGUGACGAUGGAAUCUAUUGCAACCCCUAAUUUUAUACUGGCAUGUUUGAUUGUUUCCAGAGGAGUGAAAGUGAAGAGAAAAGGAAGAUCCACAGGGUUUUGGAUAGAUGGAGGUCAUGGAGUUCACCAUAGUUUGUUCCCAUUUGUGUUUAUGAGCGUUUUCCCGCAAUGCUUCAAUUAUACCUCCUCCAACAUAAUUUUCUGGCUAGUCCUAUUUGUUUUGUUUUCGGUGACCCUAGGUCAGUUUUCUGCACCUUGUGGAGAUGAUACGUUUGAGGAGGAGAAACGAGGAGAUGUUGGCCUUGGCGAUGGAAUCGAGGAGAAUUCGGAUUCUUGUUCUCAAGAAUCAUUUUGUGUCGGGGAAUUUCAGAAUUUUGAUGUUUCCUUUAUGUCUUCCGAGGAUGAUGUUGCAAUUCUGAGAGUGAAUGUCCCUGGGGACAAUUCUACUUCAGUUACUCUUGUACAAGAACAUAAUCACCAUAAAUUCAGUUGUGGCAGAACUUAUCCAUUUCGGAACUUGCAGCUAUCAAAGGAUCUUCCUUCAUCGGAGCAACUGAAUUGUGAGAUCAUUCAGUCCCCUUGUACUCUUGUAUCAGUGGCCGUUGAUCCUGUGCAGGGUGACUGGAGAUCUAUGGCAAUUCCAAUGUCAAGAUUGAGAUUCAAGAAGUCGUGAAGAGUUUUGUGCCGGAGAGAGCUAUCAUCCAGGAGAUGGUCGAGGAGCUUCAAAUUUCGGCGACUUGGUUUUGUGGUAUUUUGAUGGACAUUCUUCAUGAGGAGCUUGCAAAAGUAGUCUUGAAGCCAUGUGGGUCGCUUCGAGGUGCGCUUGGUCUGUAAUGCAGAGUCUGCACUGUGGCUGCUGGAACCGCGGUGCUCAGAGGGCCUUGUUGAUUCAUCAACGUGAAAGGAUAAAUCGUUGAUGGCGUUUGGAGUAGGCCAUUUGUCCAAUACAUCAAAUUCAGUAUGAUAUGGUGAGAAGUUACUUGUCAAUGGUCGACUAGAGGAUGCUCCUGACUACUCAAUUUAAUGCAGAGUAGUUGGUUGUAAUUCUUUUGUUGUUGCCACUCUGGAUUGUAGGCUCGAGUUAAUAUUAUCCAUGUAAAACUGUGUUUUUGAUCA